UCAAGCGUUCAGUUGAGCUCGGGAUUUCAAGCGCGCCGGAACAGUGGACCCAACUGAACAGUUAGUGACACGCGCCCAAGUGCAAUUCGCUUCGAUUAGCCGUUGAAACAUUUGAAGUCGGUGCCUCUAAUUCAAUUACAAAUCUCAGUGUGUGCAACAUGUGUGCUCUAUUGGCAGCGCUACUCGCUCUACUGCUGCCCCUCAGCCAGUGCGAGCUCAACUUUAACAAUGAUCUUGAGAAUAAUCAGAAAUUUAAAAGUGUUCCCACUACCAUCAAAAGCUACGAGAACGAAACUGUGCUAUUGCCCUGCUAUCUGGACACUCCGUUUCACUAUGUGCGCUGGCACAGGGACGAUGUACCGUUGGUAGACUCGCGACAUCCGGAGAUUCCGCCGCCGGAACGCAUCGUGCUCUGGUCCAAUGGCAGCUUGCAGGUGUCAAAUCUGAAGUCGGAAGACACUGGCGACUACUACUGUGAGAUCAUGUCGAACAGCAAUCAUGCCGUCCAGGUGCAUGCGAUCGAGGUGCAGUCUGAGCCCAGCAUCGCCAUCGAGCCAAGCGGAGUGCUGGAGCUGUCUAUUGGCUCCACGUUUGAGGUCGUGUGCUUGGCCCAUGGUGUUCCACAGCCGGCGAUUAACUGGCGACUGAAUGGCAACAUCCUGCCCGAUUACAGCAGUACAGGCAAUCGACAGAGUCACAUCUUUGAGAUCAAGUCGAGGACUAUGUCGGGUCUGAUCGAGUGCCUCGCCGCCAACGGAGUGGGUCAGCCAGCGGUGGCGGGCGUACAGCUGCGUGUUUUGUUUGCUCCAGAGUUGACGCUGCCACAGACUGUGGUUUAUACCAAGGUUGGAGAUCGGGCACAGCUGGAGUGUAUUGUGGAGGCAGCGCCAAUGGCGACGUUGCAAUGGUUCCAUUACGGUGUGCCCAUUCAAAACGGCGCCCACAUCAGCAGCCAUGAGACGGAGCUGGGUGCCAGCAGUCACUCCCUGGAUAGCUACGUGAGUCGGGUCAAGCACGUGCUGAUCCUUAAGAAGGUGCGCGAUGCCGACAUGGGUCAGUACGAGUGCCGAGCAACCAACUCGAUUGGCUUCAAGAGCACCACCGUUGAGCUGACUGGACGACCCAUGCCCUGCAUCUUCAAGAUCAAUCCCGGCACGCAAAGCUCCACGUCCCAUGUGCUGGUCUGGCAGACUGAGAGCAUGCUGCCCAUCAUGGAAUUCAAGCUCAAAUUCCGACAGAUCCCAUCAGCAAAUAUAUCAAGGCCAAUUCGAACAAACUGGACCGAGCUGACAAUUCCUGCUCAAGUGACUAUUGGUCCUAUUUACAUAACGUCUUACACACUGCACGGACUGCAGCCAGCGAGUCUAUUUGAGGUCUCAGUUCUGGCGAGGAACAGCUUCGGCUGGAGCGAUAAUAGUAAGACCGUGCGAUUUGCAACUGGCGGUGAAGUCGAGCUGCCCAACUAUUCGACGGAAUCUGAGCUGCAAUAUGACGCAACCGAGGAGAGUUUUGACAACGAGAUUACGCAGAGAUCACAAGUCUUCACAGCCAGCAUGAUACAUAAUGCUGCCACACGUUGCGGCUACAGCGAGCUGGCAUAUCUAACGAUAUUUAUAAACAUUUGUCUUGCUAUGCGCUAUACAUAACAUAAGUAUAUACAAAUAUAAUUGUACUGAAUUCCAUGUUCCAAUAAAAUAAAUAAUAAAUACAGCAAAUUGGCUUCUU